AUGGACCAUCUUUCAUUGUUAUUUCUUAUAAUUUGUUUGAUGUCCGUGUUGCAUUGCUCCACCGCUCCCACACACCCUGAUUGUGGUCCAGCUGGUCGCUGCUACACUGUAAACUCACACUUUGGAAGUUUUAGACAGACAAGAUGUGUUCCUUGCAAACAGCGUAGAUUUGACUAAAGUUUGCUGUUGAUGGACUUUGUUUGCCAAAAUAUAUUCCAUGCAACAAGGUGAAAAAUCAAAAUGUAGUAGCCUGCUAGGAUAAUUAAAGAGGUUGCAAUAGCAACUUAAAGAUAAA